AUGGUAGCUGUGAAGCGUUUUUUUAGAGCCGAAAUGUUGUUUUUGAAUAAUUUCAUCUCAUUUCAGUAUAUAAUAACGAUUCUACUGAUCGCCUCAUAUUCGUGCUGCCUUUUCUGUCUGAAUGCAUUCGGCUUCGUCUCAUUAUGCCUGCAAGGCUCAUUCCUAAUGUCCAUUUAUGUACUCGGACAAUUAGCCAUGAUAGCAGCACAGGUGGUCGCCGUCGCGUUCACAGUUACGGUCAGAAAAAGGCUGCACUAUAAAUUGGAAGAAACGUGGCGAGCUCGACCGGAAUGUGCACAAGCAGGCGAAUGUCUUCCUGUGGUACUUCUGGUUGCUAGCGCUAUUGUCUGUGAGCAGAGAUCUUAUGAAGAACGUAAAAGGCUGUUGAAAGAACGAGAAGAAGAAGAUGACGACGAUGAAUACUAG